UCUCGCGAGACCCACGUUCCUGAGCGGCUAUCGGCAGGUUAGAGCUUGCGGGGAAGAUGGAGUAUCCCGCGUUGGGCUCAGUGGAAGCAGCGGACAGCGGCGUGGCCCAGCUAUACAACAGCUCGGAGGAGCGGGAGGGCCGGGAGCUGGAUGCGCUGCGCUUCGACCGCGAGAGGGCGCGCCGCCUCUGGGAAGCAGUGUCCGGGGCCCAACCAGUGGGGAGGGAGGCAGUGGAACACAUGAUCCAGAAGAACCAGUGUCUCUUUACCAAUACCCAGUGUAAGGUUUGCUGCGCCUUGCUCAUUUCUGAGUCCCAGAAGCUGGCACACUACCAGAGCAAAAAACAUGCCAACAAAGUGAAGAGAUACCUAGCAAUCCAUGGAAUGGAGACAUUAAAGGGGGAAACGAAGAAGCUAGACUCAGAUCAGAAGAGCAGCAGAAGCAAAGACAAGAACCAGUGCUGCCCCAUCUGUAACAUGACCUUUUCCUCCCCUGUCGUGGCCCAGUCGCACUACCUGGGGAAGACCCACGCAAAGAACUUAAAGCUGAAGCAGCAAUCCACUAAGGUGGAAGCUCUGUCGAAACGCCUUACAAACCCUUUCCUUGUGGCCUCCACCUUAGCCUUGCACCAGAAUAGAGAGAUGAUAGACCCAGACAAGUUCUGCAGCCUCUGCCACGCGACUUUCAAUGACCCUGUCAUGGCUCAGCAACAUUAUGUGGGCAAGAAACAUAGGAAACAGGAGACCAAGCUCAAACUCAUGGCACACUAUGGGCGGCUGGCCGACCCUGCUGUCACUGACUCAUCAGCCGGAAAGGGCUACCCCUGCAAGACAUGUAAGAUAGUGCUGAACUCCAUAGAACAGUACCAAGCUCAUGUCAGCGGCUUCAAACACAAGAACCAGUCACCAAAAACAAUGGCUUCACCUCUGGGCCAGAUUCCCACGCAAAGGCAACCCAUUCAGAAAGACUCAACCACCUUGGAAGACUAGAGGUGUUUCUGUCCAGCACCCCAGGUUGGACCAGCCGUGAGCCAGAUUCCUGUGAUGAUGGCUCCUUCUUCCUCCUUUCUUACACCUGGAGAUUGCAUAGGCCUGAGGCAGGAGGGGACCACAGACAGCCUCUGAUUUGUCCAGGCAAAUCCACCCCAUUCCUCCCCUUUGGAAUAAGCCCUGUAGGUCAGGAUAAGAGAAGCAGGGAUCUUGGCAGGACUUGGGGUCUCCCAGGGUGAUAGUUUGAAGGAUGGCCUUUUCCCUUCCCCAGUUCCUCUGGGCCCUAUGUCAUGAGGCCCCAGGCCUGUCUUUCCUCUGCAGGUCGAUUUUUGACCAUUCCCUGCCGCUAAAGAACUGAGCUCUCCCUAGGCUCUAGGUAUCUCCAGUGAAAUGGAGCUUUUUCACCAGAUCUUAGCCUAGAGCAGAGGGAAGUAGCUGCCGCAUGGAGGCUUGGAGUUAAUGUGGCACUCCUCCUCCCCGCAAAAGGCUCAAGCUUUCCCUAGCCUGGGAUCAGAUGCUGGCCAGUUGUACAGAUUUCUGCCCACUGUGAAGUCUCCUCCUGAAGCAGUGACAGUCCUGGCAGAGCAUUGCUAUCCCUCUUAGCCCCCUUCUCCACGGUUCCUGAAUGGUGCUAAGGAUCUGCAUCAACUGGGGACAAACUAGAGUUGAAGACCUCAGUACCCAUUGGGAUCAUGGAAAGCUCCAAUAGGUGCUCUGACCCAGAGUCAUAUGGGAAAGUCCCCACAUGCAAAUUUCCGGAUGGUUCUCUACCCUUAAAGGCAAACUGCCUUGUGCCAGCACGCUCAGAGGUUAAUUGCUGCCCUUCGGCCCUGCCAGCCCUCUCUCCCCUCUUGCAGCAAAACACCUGCCCAGGUUGCUGUGGUGCUAGUCCUCCCCUACCAUCCACCAGGAGAUUCUGGGUACCAAGGAGCAGGAUAGGCUCAGGAGAAGAAAGGAGAGCUGGCGUAAGUUUCCGCAGUGAUGUUUCCCUCUCCCCACAGCUAGACUUUUCUAACACUACUGUGUUUUAUGGCCUGGGAUUUCACUGGGCAUGGACUUUACCUCGUAGCUUUCAAACAAGAAUUCCAGGGAGGGUCACCAUCUGAGAUCCCUCUUCAUUGGGUCAAAGAAGCCUGUGGCUGCUCUUGUGACCUCCUCCCAACACUCCCUAUCCCUUCGCCUGUAAAUGCCUUUCCGUAUCGUGUGUGGGUGUGCGUGCGUGUGCUUAUGUUCCGUCUCUUGGUCACUGAAGCAUCUAAAUAAAGAAUUUCUCCCACGACCCAGAUUGCAAUUUAA